AUGAACCUGACCACCAGUUUUGAAGCCAGUGGAGCUGUAGAGUCUCAUGUGGUUAUCUUUGAAAAUCAUUUACUACCUAAACAAGCUUGUCAGUGGAAGUCUGAUUAUUUCAUCAAAGGAUUUUCCCUGUAUAGUUGGUUAUCACACAGAGGAUUUAAACCUACAGAUGCCUUACCAAAGUUCAUGCUGUAUCAACUCUAUGAAGAGACUAACCUGGCAGCUUACUUCCUAGAUAACAAGUGUGACAGGGCUGUUCAUCCUUAUAAUAAUGGAUGGUCACAAGAUUGUUCCAUGAACCUGACCUUGCCAACACUGAAACCAGAGGUAGCCUGUCACAUCUCAGAUGUCUGUACAGGCCUGACUUGUUGUAGCUAUAACCAGUUCUUACAACAAACAUUUGAAGUAAUGUUCCAGCUAGAUCCUUGUGAGAAUAGACUCAGUAUUGGUAUAGAGAAGACUAUGUAUAACAGGACAUUGACAGACUUUAAAUGGGGAGAAGAUAAUUAUUUCAGCAUGCAAGGCAUUGCCAGAGUUAGGUACAGUAUAGAGGACUUACAGACAGAGAGGAUGUACUUAGUAAAUAUAGAGGUGAUGUUCUGCUACGAGACUAACAUGCCACAGUGUGACAGUGACAAAAAGUUCACAGUAUUAAAGAAUACCAAACUACCUAAACAGCAUUGUGAUUGGUCAAGUCAUUCUAUACCCUCAGGGUUCUCCUUAUCCAACUGGUACAACGAGUACAGUUUAGUACCAGGAGCCAAAUUAGAGGACUGGAUGAUAUCGUACCUACUCAAUGACUUGAGUAUCUCUUCAUAUCUCAAUACUCAACAGUGUAGACGCAGUGACAACACAUAUACACCAAGUACUAAUGGAUGGAACAAAGCCUGCAUCAAAUCAGUGUCAUUGCCCAGCAUUCCUGAUCCUACUUCCUGUCACCUGACAUAUGACUGUACCAGUAUCGAGUGUUGUGUGAAUGUUAACUUCAUUCCAAGGUCCUUUGGAUUUUACCUUCACAUUGAUCCUUGUUCAUAUGAGUUGAUAGUAGGCAUAGAGAAGUUCCGAAGAAACAUCUCCCUCACUAACUACAAAUGGGGCCAGAUAGAAGAUUUAUGGUUAGUUGGUGUUUUCCAUCUGUCCUUUGCUAUAGAUGAUUUACCAGGGGAGAGAAUUUAUGUAGUGAGCCUCAAUAUGAGUGAAUGUUUUGAAGAUGGUCAACCCUGUAAUACAACUAUAGUUCUUAACAAAAGCAGAUUACCUAAAGACUUGUGUGUCAUGGACAACAGUUACUAUAUUGCUAAUUUUUCACUGAGAAACUGGAAGGCUUCACACAAUGGAAUGAAUCCUUAUGCUCCUUUACCUGAUUAUGGCAAAUCAUUGUUGUUUGAGAAACUAGGAAUCUCUCCAUAUCUACAACAGGAGGAGUGUGGAAAGAAUACGGCCAUGUUUAACCAGACUGUUUGGACUGAUGCCUGUCCUCUUAAUACAACUGUAUCCUGGACGUCUACACCAGAUGUUGGAAUCCCCUGUCAGAUUUCCUCCCUUUGUACUGGCAUGGAGUGUUGCCUACAUGCUGACCAGUUAGACAGAGACUUCCAGACAAAAGUUAUAGUGGAUCCAUGUCAGUUUGUGGUCAGUGUUGGAAUAGAUAACUACAUUCACAAUAUAUCUUUGGCCAAGUAUGAAUUUGGAAAGUUGAGCCAGUUUUCUAUAGCAGGAGUAGUAACUGUCUCGUAUGCCAUAGAGAAGAUUAGUGAAGAGCAUUCCUACAUGAUGUCCAUGAAUGUAUCAGUUUGUACAGAAAGUCAAGAAUCCUGUGAACAGAACUAUGUUAUUCUAGACAAUGUGUUGUUACCAAUUCUACAGUGUGAAUGGGAUACAGGAUUUAGUGUGGCUAAUUUCUCCUUGUCAGACUGGAUGAUAGAUCACAAGAUACCACCAGCAUCACAGCUAUCAGACAACAUGGCUUCCAAACUAUUCCAGUAUCUAGGAUUAUCAUACUACCUUAAAUCUCCAUCAUGUAGUCGAUCCAGUAAUCCUUAUAUACCUUCACAACAAGGAUGGAAUAACUUAUGUACAAGGAAUGUUAGUCUAAGUGACCUGACAGACCCACUGAGUUGUUAUUUAGACUACACAUGUUCUACUGUGGACUGUUGUAUUGAUGUUGAUAAAGUAGGAAGGACCUUAAUGGUUUCUAUGUCAAUAGACCACUGCCAACAGAAACUGACGAUACAGCUAGAAAGACUAACUAAGGAUGUGUCACUUCUGAACUAUACAUGGGGAACUCUGGAACAGUUAAGCUUGUUAGGAGUUCUCAGAGCAGAUUUUUCAGUACAUAAUCUAGAAUCAGAAGACAGUUACCUUGUGAAUCUUGAUCUACAUAUGUGUUUUGAAACAACUGGACCUUGUGUGUUUAGUACAUCUGUAUUAAGUAAUGUCAAAUUACCACAGACAAAAUGUGAUUGGUCAGCAGGCAAAGAUUUCUCAUUGACUAAAUGGCUGUCAGAGAAAUACUUGACAAGAACAGUAGGAACAGAUAUCCUUCCACAAUGGGCCAUUCUCCAGCUUAGAGAAGAUUUAGGACUAUCCAGAUUCUUGUCUGAUCAACAGUGUUAUAAUGUGUCCAGUCAGUUUAUGAUUACUGAUAAUGGCUGGAAUUCUGAAUGUGUCAAUGAUGUGAGUGUACCAGAUUUAUCAGGAAGUGGUGUGGUAUGUUCAAUACCAACGUCCUGUACGACCUUGGAGUGUUGUAUAGAUACACCAUUACUUUAUUGUUUUUAUGUUUUACAGAAUAUGUCAAUGAUGAAUAAUGAUUCUUAUUUUUUGGUUACAGGUAUUGAGACUACAUUCUCCAUGUUUGGAAUAGUUAAAUUAAUAUACCAGAUAGACAAGCUGAGCCUCGAGAAAGCCUAUAAACUCAAUGUCAAUAUAUCAGUCUGUUACGAGACUGGAGGACCAUGUCAGCUAAAUGUACAGGUCUUCAACAAUACAAUACUCAAUCAGACAACUUGUACGGAUGAGGGAUUUCUGGAUAAGGCAUUUUCAUUAACAAAAUGGCUGACAGACCGAGGACUGACAACAUCCUCUACAGCCACUGAUGUUACAGCCAAUGAUUUGAUAAUGGACCUAGGACUAAAUGAUUACAUGGGACCUACCAGUAGAUGUGACCUAACAACACCCCCCUACAGCCUGGCUGUGAAGGGUUGGACUAAUGAAUGUUCUAACCUGACCAAAGCAGGACUGGAUCUCACAGGUGAUAUAGCCUGUCACAUACCAUCCACAUGUAACUCUAUGGCUUGCUGUGUCCAGUCUAACUUACUGAGGAGGUCUCUGUAUACCUCUAUAAACAUCAAUACAUGUCUAUAUACAAUGACUGUCACUAUAGAGGACCUUCAGCAUGAAAUACAACUCCUGAAUUAUAAGUGGGGAACUAAUGAAGAGAUACAACUUCAUGGAGCAUUCCGUUUGAAGUAA